AUGAGGUCCGUGUUUCUGCCCUGGGCAUCGGCAGCCCUCUUCCUCCUGGUCGACGUGACGGUUUCAGAAGAAUCAGUACUGGAAGGAGCAUUGCAACUUCAGAUUAUCAACUUUAAUUUUGAAACCGUGCAGGUCACGUGGAAUGCCAGCAAGGACUUUGGGACAAAUUUGACUUUCCUCUACAACUUAAGCAGUGAUGAGACCAGUAGCCAAUGCUCCAACUAUAUUCUUCAACAAAGUCGUACUGCUGGAUGCCUCCUGGAGGCAAAAAAAGAUGAAAUUCUGUGCUUUUCCAUCUGGAAUGCAACACAUCUCCUUCUCACCAAGUGCCAAUGGAUCAGUGCUUACUUGAAACCCAGCUCCCCAAAAGACUUGAACUUCCAGUGGCAUCAGGAAACCAUCACAGUGACCUGUUCUGAUCUCCCCUACAAGCGUCUCCUCUACGAAAUCCAGUACAAGAGUAUGUUCGACACUGAGUGGCAGUCCAAGGAGGAAGAAACCUGCAAUGUUACGACAGAUGGCUUGGAUGCUGAGAAAUGUUAUUUCUUCCGGGCCAGAGUGAAAACGAUGGAGUCCAGCUAUGGCCCUGACACAUACCCAAGUGACUGGUCAGAAGUGACACAUCAGCAGAGGGGGGAGCUGAGAGAUUCGUGCCCGCAGAAAAAGCUUUUCCCAAAAUUUGUUUUAAUUUCCAGCAUGGUUGCUUUGCUGACCGUGUUCCUUCUUCUUCUGUCUUUAUGGAAAGUACGGAGAGUUCAGAAGCUCCUCAUGCCCAUGGUGCCUGAUCCCAAAUUCAGCUUCCCUGGGCUCUUUGAAUCCCACCAGGGUAACUUCCAGGAGUGGAUAAAGGACACCCAGAACGUGGCCCACUUGAAUAAGAUGGAGGGUGCAGAGCAAGAGUGUGUCCCAGAAGAGGCCCUAGUUGUCCACGUGUUCAAGCAUGAGGCUGAGAUGCCCAUCAUGACGACCAGCCCCCUGUGCCCACAGACGGAGGAGGAAGAUGCCCCUGGGGACCCCAGCCGGCUCCCUUGCCAGCCCCUGCAAGGUGGCGAGGAGAUUUCUCUUGGGGGCUUUACAUUUGUGAUGAGUGACAACUCAUAUGUGAUGUUGUGA